UAAAAAAUACUAUGAAUGGCAUGGUUCCGAUGGGACUGCUCUUCAAAUGAAGACAUGGAAAACAACUCACCCUUAUGUCGCAAUUCGUCCAGGCAACUCUAACUUGGAAAACGUCGAUGGAAAUUCCAAAUACACAGGAGCAGUGUGCCAGAAAUAUGAACUAAACAAAGCAUUCAAAGGUACAGCAUAUUCGUCCAGUGUUGAAAAUAUGUCGAGUCAAGGUUUUGCAGUGGACGGAAUUAUAGAAACAUGUUUUACUAGCAAACAGGAAAAUUUUCCAUUCAUAAAAGUACAACUAAAACAACCGAUGUACGUGAACCAAGUGGUCCUUGUAUUGAGAAAGUCCUGCUGUGAYGAGAAGUUAAAAUUGCGCGUCACAAUUGAAGAUAAAAACAAGAAAGCUACAGCCUGCUCACMAGUUUCUAGCUCUGCUAUCGAUAAUCGUUUAARCUUUAACUGCCCAAUUGUAUUUUCCUCUCUUGAUGUCAUACUGACAAGAAUGGAGAAGAAUUCGACGUUGCAAGUAUGCGAAAUGCAAGUCUACGAUCUCGACGAUUACCAUGGUGCUCUUCAAGAAAUUUGGUUUCAUAAAAURCAKAAACYGAGCAUAACGGGUUUAAAAUCUUUGAUCAGUAAAAGCAAACCAGCAGUCUCAAGCGUGAUGAGAAACUUUGAAGCCUCAAUGAACAUCGCUGAUUUUUAUGGACAACGUUUAUCGUCAUUUCUGAAGAUUUCUACAAGUGGAAAAUAUAUCUUUUACAUGGCGUGCAAAGAUGCUUGUGAGCUGAUGUACAAGGUAGUACCAGAUUUUAUAUUCAGAGAGGAAACGAUGCAAGUUCUCUUGGAUCCAAAAACAACAGCUCGACCAAACAAUUGGAAUCGAGAUUCAAGUCAAAUGUCUUCACCUGUAWUUCUCCAUCGAUGUGCAUUCUAUCGGCUAGAAGCCUAUACAGUAACAAAAACAGGAUACGAGCAUUUGAGUGUUGGAUUAAGGAUGGCAAAAGAUGGAACGCUUUCAAGACCAAUAUCGGGUAKUUUGCUUCAACGCACACUAACAGGGAAUCGGACGUUCUCACUUUUAUUUAAAGACAACAGUCAGAGAGUAACUGUUCACGUUAAUUCAGUUGUAAUAAGUGGCUCUUAUCAAUAUUGCUGCAAUGGAAUAUACUGUCCCUAUUGUCCACUGUUUUUUUACCUGAACAAUACAAAGGCAUUGAUAGGAAACUUCACAAAAAUGUCUUGCAAGCCCACGGAUUUUGAAUUUGUGCUAAGGGAUUACUACCAACUUGGAAAAGACUCCCUUGAGAUUGCUUUUGACUUGCCCAAUGAAAAACUAACAUUAUCCAAAACAGUUGGAUCGAUUGAAAUAAAAGCUGUAAUCAUUAAUGAGUGCUCAUUCUCCAAUGGGAUCUGCAGAUGGCUAAAUACAGACAAUGUAACMUGUUGGGAAAUGUCAACUAAUAAAAACGACGAAGCAUUCCCGUUUGUAAAAGUGGACAAAAAGUGCAGAUCUACACUGAAGAGUAAUAAUCUUCCUUGGGAACCGUACCAAAUGAAUACCAGUCUUUGCAUUCAGUUUUCAUAUCGCAUGUCUUCUGAAGGAUCACUUUCAGUUGUACGUUACAGUAAUGCCGGCGAAGAAAGACUUUGGAAUCUGACAGGUUAUCAGGGAUCCGCUUGGCAGAAAGGACGUGUUGAGCUAUCAGGGAUUAGUAUACAGAAGAUUGGAUUUGAGGGACAUGGCACGAAAAGCGAAAGUACAAGCGUAGGUCUUACCAACAUUACUGUAGCAACACAUAGGUGUGAAAGACAUCCAAUAUAUGCAAAGCCAGAGUUAGUCUUUUGCAAAAGGAACGAGUUUCAAUGCGACAACAAACAAUGUAUCGAUCRAAAGYUGAAGUGUGACGGUGACAAGCAUUGUAUCGAUGGAUCUGAUGAAAGAGGCUGCGAUUGUCCAUGGGUCAAUUUCCUGUGCCCAAGUGGAGAGUGCAUCAAUGUYGCCAGUGUGUGUGACAAAAAGCGAGACUGCGCAGAUGGAACUGACGAAAUAAAUUGCGGUCACCGAUGCAAGGAGAAGUUCCAAUGUGCUGAUGGAAGCUGCACUGAUUGGAAAAACACUUGCAGAAUAGGAAGUUAUUGUACCGAAAACUCUCACAAUCCAAAUAUUUGUGGUCAUAGUAAUUGCACAUUAAAGAAUCUUGGAUGCAAUACUCAAGAAUAUUCACCUACAAAGCAAUUCACAACGUGUACAACAAUAUCAGUUCCCUGUUCAUUCGGCAACGGUUUUUGUGGUUUCACACAUGAUGAUCGCUCUCAACGGAAAUGGUUUAUCGGGCAAAGCGCAACACCAACGCAGAAUACUGGACCAAGCAUUGACCAUACUACUUUGACAGAUAAAGGAUCUUACAUCUUCAUUGAAGCGUCAGAAAAAAAGUUAGGUGAUGAAAAAGCAAGACUGACAAGCUGCUGGUUCAAUGCAAAUAGAACUCAGUGUUUGCAGUUCUGGUAUCACAUGUAUGGCAUUGGAAUCGGUUCGCUUAGGAUUUUAAGAAAAACGACUAGUUCUGAAAACAUAAUCUGGGAGCAGAGUGGGAAUAAGGGAGACCUUUGGAGAUUUGGCCAGACAACKCUUGRAGGAAAUGAUGGACAGAAUUAUCAGUUUGUUAUUGAAGGAGAGACACGACGAGGAUGGAUAGAAGGUGAUAUUGCCRUUGAUGACGUCACACUGCAUGACGGAGUCUGUAAGACAGUCUCUUCUCGAGGACCUCCUCCAAACUGCAGAAAAGAUCAGUUGUUAUGUAGAAGAAGAUUUACACUAUUAUAUUUAACUUAUCAGUCAGAAAUUCUUAAUCAAGAUGCUUAUACAUGGAAAUGCUUUCAAUUAUUCUUCACUUCCAAAUCAACUGACCAGAUAUUGAUUGUCAAGAUACUGUCUGCACAAAACCUCACWAGUUUUAUUUUUUUCUCGACACCUGGAACCAAUUUUGCAGAGGUGCCACUUUCAAAAGCAGCCUAUAUUGAGGUUUUGGUGAGGAAUCCAACUAAUUUUUAUCCUUUGAGCGGUAAUUUUUCCUCACAGCCUUGUACACAGAGAAUCAGAACAAGAAUAUUAAAAGAUGRCGCUCUUGCARUAUAUCCACUAAAUACUCUUCUGCAAGGAAAAGAUGUCCUAAAUCGAAACCCAGAUGGUGAAUUUGCAAAUAUAUUUCCGGACGAAGGCCCCGAUGGAACKCCCGGUGGUGCAUACCGAUUCAUUGGAACCCCGGAAAGUUAUGUAGAGUUUGAUAACGACGAAGAGCGGCUGGAAGCCAAAAACUCUUUGUCGCUUCUAGCUUGGAUAAAACACACUGGAAAUCAAGGRCCUAUCUUUAACUACGACACAAAUGGCUGGGGAGUUCAUUUCUGGAUGACAGGAAAAAAUAAGUUGUUCGCUCAAUUUAAUAAACGUGGAAAUGUUAAAGUUUCUAGCAUUUCCAACAAUGGAGUAAAAGCCGGUGUAUGGCAAUACGUUGGAGCGACGUACAAUGCCCAAACAGGAAUAGCAAAGCUGUUUAUCAGUGAUAGAUUUGUUGUCGAAAAAUAUAUUGGAAAAGGGUUUCAAYUAGCUACCAAUCACAAUGUCAGAAUGGGUGCAAGGCUGGGCGAUAAUCGGUACUUCAAGGGAAGUAUAUCUUGUAUGCAGGUGUAUCCUAAAGCUUUAUCCCAUAACCAAAUCAUCAGUUUCAAAGAGCGCUGUUUCCGAACAAUAUAUCCACUAAAUACUCUUCUGCAAGGAAAAGAUGUCCUAAAUCGAAACCCAGAUGGUGAAUUUGCAAAUAUAUUUCCGGACGAAGGCCCCGAUGGAACKCCCGGUGGUGCAUACCGAUUCAUUGGAACCCCGGAAAGUUAUGUAGAGUUUGAUAACGACGAAGAGCGGCUGGAAGCCAAAAACUCUUUGUCGCUUCUAGCUUGGAUAAAACACACUGGAAAUCAAGGRCCUAUCUUUAACUACGACACAAAUGGCUGGGGAGUUCAUUUCUGGAUGACAGGAAAAAAUAAGUUGUUCGCUCAAUUUAAUAAACGUGGAAAUGUUAAAGUUUCUAGCAUUUCCAACAAUGGAGUAAAAGCCGGUGUAUGGCAAUACGUUGGAGCGACGUACAAUGCCCAAACAGGAAUAGCAAAGCUGUUUAUCAGUGAUAGAUUUGUUGUCGAAAAAUAUAUUGGAAAAGGGUUUCAAYUAGCUACCAAUCACAAUGUCAGAAUGGGUGCAAGGCUGGGCGAUAAUCGGUACUUCAAGGGAAGUAUAUCUUGUAUGCAGGUGUAUCCUAAAGCUUUAUCCCAUAACCAAAUCAUCAGUUUCAAAGAGCGCUGUUUCCGAACAAGUAGCCUUUGUCUUUGGUUUGAUACAUCGUGCUAUUGGAGAAGUAAUAGUUCCCAAAGCUCAUGGGUAAAGACAAUGCAAAGUGGAGAUUACCUCUCUGAUCGACUGAAAAUGAAACGGGACACCCAAGAUGUGGAUGAAGACUUCGAGCUGCAUCUUUCCCCGUCUUCAAAAGAAGAGGUAGGAAUUCAUAAGCCCAGUAAUGAAAUYGAAAGUUUUACUCUAUGCCUUUGGAAGAAGGGUGGUGGCAUCUAUGUCAGAUAUAAACGCUCCUGGCCCUAUUUAUGGCUUAACAUAUCUCAAGAGAUUAUCGUGGAUCUUCAAUCGCCCAAAUCUUUUGGUUUUGUACAUAACUCCACUGCCUGGAAUUUCUACUGCUUCUUAAUGCGUGAGAAAGAAGAAAAGCUGGACGUGUCCUUUUACCUGAAUGGAGAAAGAAAAGGUCUACUUUUAAUUAAGUCAGAUGAUGCUACAAAUGGAUUCAAUUACAAGCUCUUGAUCAUUGGCUAUUUAAAUUCWUCGGUGAAUGAUAAAGCGGUGUUGUCGUCUUUUAAUAUUUGGAGCGGGGAGUUGAGUYCAGACGARAUAAAACGCUUAUCUUAUGGUUGUGAUAGCGAGAAAGGUGAUCUCAUCUAUUGGAAAGAGUUCAUCAAUUAUAUUCACCAUGUUCAUCACGAAAUAGUCAAACCGAAAACCUGCAAAGAUGUUCGAAAGGAAAGAUUGGUUUUGAAUAGCUCUGCUAACUUUAUAACAGUUAAAGUCGAUCAACAUGCACCAUCCAAUGCCAUUGGCUUUUGUUUAAAGUUUCGUUACAUGAUAUAUGGUCCUGGGGCACGUUUUUUCCAAACCUCUAUUCUAAAAGAACAUGAAGAUGUCUCUUCUGUCGUUUGGAAGGAURUURRCAAUACUCAGUUUAGAUGGAAAUAUGCAGAUAUACCGUUUUUAUCGCCGGGUUAUUUCCAGGUCAAAUUCGAAGGUUCAGCGAAAUCCAAUGAAAGCUAUAUCGCAAUAAGUCAAGUUUUCGUUGAAAAUAGAUUUUGUUCAAGUGAUUAUUCCUUGUUAAYUCCAGUUUGCAGACGGAACAUCAUGACAGCUCCUGGUAUCAUAGAGCAACUAUACUAUCCACAUAGUAGCAUGUAUGACAUGAACUGUUGGUGGGUUAUAGAUGCACCAGAUCAUCACGUGAUUCGGUUCACGUUCCUGGAGUUUCUAAUUCCAUAUACCAAAGGGUGCAAUUACGCAUAUUUGGAAAUUAAUGAUGGAGAUCGAGUAUUUGGUACUUCUCUUGGGAGAUUUUGUGGCUACAUAUACCCACAGUUCGUGCAGUCGUCUGCUUCCAAUACGAUGACUCUUCAUUUUCAUGCUCCGAGAAACUCUGCACCGAUAAGAGGAUUUAAGGGUCAUUAUGAAUUCUUGGAAGGUUAUCAUGCGCAUAAAGACCCUUCUAUGAUUAUCAAAGACUGUCCGUCAAGCUGCACAUGCACUGGUCUUUCAACAAUAGGAAACAUAUCGUACGSUAAUAAAGUUGUUGUUGAAGCUCGGUCUUGGCUGAAUGAUAUUCCCGUAAAAAUGCCACAACGGACUGCUGCUCUGAUGUUUCAAGAUAAAAAGAUAACAAGGAUCAAAGGAAAAGCUUUUAGUCGACUUCMCAGCCUAGUUUACCUUGACCUUUCGUGGAAUCACAUUUACGAUAUCGAGGAACACGCAUUUUUUAAUGGGUCGUCAUUAGAGAACAUACGCMUAAACAAUAACUUUAUAAAGUCUUUACCUCGAUCUGCUUUUCGUGCAYUAGGACGUCUUAAGAUGCUCGAUCUUGGGGAAAAUCUACUGACGGGAUUAUCAGAGAACACAUUUACCGGUUUGAUAAAUUUAAGAGUGCUAAGCCUUCGCUCUAACCGAAUAAGAACCCUGCCUGGAGAUGUCUUUGAGCAGACAAUCAACUUAACUCACUUGUAUCUUCAAGAAAACAAAUUACUUUCGUUACCAAAUGGAAUGUUUCGUUUUCUUUCAGAACUYCGUUAUUUGAAUCUGAGUCAAAAUAGAAUUAGCAGCGUAAAUCAGCACACGUUUCAAGGUCUCAAGGCUUUAAGAAAUCUGUAA